AUGAAGUUUAGUGGCAUUUUGGUGAUUGUUAAUGCGAUAUCUUUGAUAUUCGCCAAGGAGCAAGUGUUAGAUGUCAAAAAUGUCGAGCAAUUUAACAAUACUUUUGAAAGAGUUAGCAAAGGGUCUUUACUAAAUGAUAUAUUCAUGAUCAAACCUGGAGUGGGCCCUUCUAAACCACCACCUGAAGAUUGUCCUCCUUGUUUCAACUGUAACUUACCCAACUUCGAAUGUACCCAAUUCAGUACCUGUAAUGCGUUCACUGGAUUCUGUGAAUGUAGAGACGGUUAUGGAGGCAAUGAUUGUCUGGAACCUUUAUGUGGAUCAUUAAGUGACGGGAAUAAAAAUAGACCCAUUAGAAAGAAGCUGGAACCAACCUGUGGGUGUAAAUCGGGGUGGGACGGUAUCAAUUGUAAUAUGUGUGUUGAUGAUGAUGUUUGCGAUAGUUUCAUGCCUGAAGGUUUGAAGGGAACUUGUUAUAAAAGUGGAAUUGUAGUCAAUAAAUUCCAUCAAAUGUGUGAUGUCACAAACAAAAAGAUCAUAUCCAUCUUAAAUGGGAAGAAACCUCAAGUUACCUUCAGUUGUAAUAAAACAGCUGGAGCUUGUGAUUUCCAAUUCUGGAUUGAUCAAAAAGAAUCGUUUUAUUGUGACUUGAACAAAUGUAGCUUUGAUUAUGACUUAAAGAAGAACUCCACUAAUUAUCAAUGUGAAGAAGUUAUGUGUAAAUGUUUACCUGAAAGGAUGCUUUGUGGUGAAGCAGGACUGAUUGAUAUUUCCGAAUUUUUAACUGAAACUAUCAGAGGCCCAGGUCAGUUCUCUUGUGAUCUUAAAGAUAAAAACUGUCAAUUUUCCGAACCCAGUAUGAACGAUUUGAUCUCGUCAGUAUUUGGUGAUCCUUAUAUCACUUUAAAUUGUAAGAGUGGUGAAUGUAUUCAUAAAAGUGAGAUUCCUGGCUAUGAUUUACCAGACAGUAAUCGUUUAACUUGGAGUAAUCUCCUUUUGAUAAUCUUGGUGGCGUUCAUCUGUUUUAUGAUCGUGGGAGCUUCUUUGUAUAAUAUCAGUAGAAGCGCAUUAUUCAAACCCAGUGGAGAUUUCCAACCAUUGGAUGGAGAAAUGAAUGCCUUGAACGAAAACUUCACUCCUACAACGUUAUCUUUUGAAAACAUCCAGUAUAAGAUCAAAGACCAUCAAGUUCUUUCAGGUGUCAAUGGAUUAGUUAAACCUCAAGAAUGUUUAGCUAUCAUGGGAGGUUCAGGUGCUGGUAAAACAACCUUAUUAGACAUCUUAGCCGGUAAAAACAAAGAUGGGGUUAUUUCUGGUAAUAUCUAUGUUAAUGGGAACAUCUUGGCUGAUAAAGAUUUCAAGAAAAUUGUUGGGUUCGUUGAUCAAGAAGAUCAUUUGAUCCCAACAUUGACUGUUUAUGAAACUGUUUUAAACAGUGCAUUGUUAAGAUUACCACGUACUAUGAGUUUAAGAGCCAAAGAAACCAGAGUUAUUGAAGUUUUGAACGAAUUAAGAAUCUUGAAUAUUAAAGAUAGAGUCAUUGGAUCUGAUUUCCAAAGAGGUAUCAGUGGAGGUGAAAAGAGAAGAGUUUCUAUUGCAUGUGAAAUGGUCACAUCACCUUCCAUUUUAUUCUUAGAUGAGCCAACUUCAGGUUUGGAUGCUUAUAAUGCCAGAAAUGUUAUCGAUUGUCUUGUCAAGUUGUCACGUGACUUCAACAGAACUAUCAUUUUCACCAUUCAUCAACCAAGAAGUAAUAUCGUGUCCCUUUUCGAUAAGUUACUUUUAUUAAGUGAAGGAGAUUUGAUCUAUUCAGGUGAUAUGAUCAAAUGUAAUGAUUUCUUCAGUAAAAACGGUUAUACUAUUCCUUUAGGAUAUAACAUUGCUGAUUACCUUAUUGACAUCACUGUUGACCAUAAGAAAUUGAUUAAAGUAAAGACCAGUGGUGCUGAUUUAGAAAGUGGUGAUAGUGAAGAUACUGAUUUACAUAAUAGAUUCUUAAGAACUCAAACAUCACAAAGUGAUAUUGAUGUUACAAGUGAAUGGGCCCAUUUAGCUGUCCAUCGUGAUGAGUACAAUAACUAUAACAAAGUUGAUAGUAAUGUCGAAGAAACUAUCAUCCAAGUAGAAAACAAAUUACCUACAAUCUUCAAAGAAAGUGUCAUAGCACAAGAAUUGAUUGAAGAAAUCAAACAACUUAAAGAAAACCCCGUUAAGUAUGAAAUCAGUGAACAGUAUAAGAAAGCUACUUUCCUUACUCAAAUAGCUGUGUUAUCUUCCCGUACGUUCAAGAACUUAUACAGAAACCCCAAAUUAUUAUUGACUCAUUAUGUAUUGAGUUUGGUAAUGGGAGGAUUCUGUGGAUAUAUCUAUUAUGAUGUUAAGAAUGAUAUUAGUGGGUUCCAAAAUAGAUUAGGUUUGUUCUUCUUCUUACUUUCAUUAUUUGGGUUCUCGGCUUUAACCGGAUUACAUACUUUCUCAAGUGAAAGAAUCAUCUUCAUUAGAGAAAGAGCUAACAAUUAUUAUAAUCCUUUCAGUUAUUAUGUUACCAAGAUCAUUUGUGAUAUCUUACCAUUAAGAGUUUUACCUCCAAUAAUCCUUAUUGCUAUAGCAUAUCCAUUAGUAGGUUUAACUAUGGAACAUAAUGCAUUCCUUAAGACCAUAGGUAUCUUAGUUCUUUUCAAUGUCGCCAUAUCAAUCGAAGUAUUGAUCAUAGGGAUCUUGAUCCGUGAUCCUGGUACUUCUACCAUGGUGAGUGUGUUGAUACUUUUAUUCUCCAUCCUUUUCGCAGGAUUGUUCAUCAAUAGUGAAGAAUUGAAAGGUCAAAUCAAAUGGUUGGAAUGGAUUUCUUUAUUCCAUUAUGCUUAUGAAAGUUUAUCCAUUAAUGAAGUUAAGGAUCUUAUAUUAAAAGAGAAAAAGUUUGGUUUGAGUAUUGAAGUGCCAGGAGCUGUAAUUCUUAGUUCUUUUGGUUUUACCGUAUCAGCAUUCUGGGAUGAUGUAAUUCUGUUGAUAGUUUGGCUUGCAGUAUUCCUUGUCUUAGGUUAUGUUUUCUUACACUUUUAUGCCAUUGAAAGGAGAUAA